GUGGCUUGCGUGGCUGCUGAUGGAAUUCCAAGUUUUGUAACUGCUGGCAAAUGUGCGUCAGUAGCAAACCAGGACAACUUCGACCUCCGUAGGUACGCUGGUCGUUGGUAUCAAACCCACAUCAUAGAAAACGCUUACCAGCCGCCAACUCGAUGCAUAAACUCCAACUAUGAAUAUUCCGGGAAUGACUAUGGCUUCAAGGUGACCACCGCUGGCUUCAACCCAAAUGACGAAUACGUCAAGAUAGACUUUAAGGUCUACCCCACUAAGGAGUUCCCAGCCGCUCACAUGCUCAUUGAUGCUCCCUCAGUGUUCGCUGCCCCCUACGAGGUGAUCGAGACAGACUACGAUACCUACUCCUGCGUCUACUCAUGUAUCACCACCGAUAACUACAAAUCUGAGUUCGCCUUCGUGUUCUCCCGGACACCCCAGACCUCAGGACCCGCCGUAGAGAAGUGUGCUGCUGUCUUCAAUAAGAACGGUGUUGAGUUCUCCAAGUUUGUACCUGUUCCACACACGGCUGAGUGUGUCUACAGAGCUUAAGACAUUAAACUACAUAGAUUAAUGUGUGACUAUUCCAUAGCCAAUGGUGUCUGAGUGGAAAUUACAGAUAGUUUCCAAGUAUAAUAUUACUCGAGAUGACUAAAGAGACCAUUUGCACCGAGUUGAAAAUUAUAGUUCUCAGUUCCCGACAAAGUACUUCUACUGAAGGCUUUAACAUAAAUGUAAUUAUGUAUAAAUAUAAAACUAGACCUAAUCGUGUGUUAAAUAAUGUAUGUAUGAAAAUCUCUAUUAAUUAAACUUGGAAGUGAAA